CAGACCCACGGAGCUGUGAGACAUUGUCUACGUGUGUGAGUGUAUAGGUGGGAGAUCAUGUCGGGUUCAAGUUCAACCCUGAGAGUGCGCUACUUCCUCACCUUUGCCACAGGCCUUGUGGAGUGCCUGUGCUUCGCAGGUGCUGUGUUUGGAUGGGCUUCGCUUGUUUUUAUUCUCAAAACAGAGGGUUACUUCAGCUCCCUGUGUCUCAAUGCCACAAGAGACAAUGGCACGCACGUCUUGGAUUGCAGUGGACAGGAUGCACAGUUCUCACUGAUUUUUACCAUUACCUCUUUCUCGAACAAUUUCCUGACACUUCCCAAUGGUGUUGUGUAUGACCACUUUGGCACCAGAGUGGCUCAGCUAUUAGGAAUAUUUCUCUACACCACUGGCACCCUGUUGGUAGCUUUCUCGAGUGCAGCUUUGCCUGAGCUGCUCUAUCCAGCUCUUCCCUUCAUGGCUGUGGGCGGCCUCUUGUUCCUCAUCACUAACAUGCAGGUCGGGAACCUCUUUGGUGCACGUCGCUCCUCCAUCAUCACUCUCUACAACGGGGCCUUUGAUUCUUCAGCUGGACUCUUUCUCAUUAUAAAGAUUCUGUAUGAGGCUGGCGUCCCUUUCAAAGUCUCCCUCCUCUUUAUAGCCUCAUGCAGUGUUAUUCACUUGUUGAGGUCCUUCUUCCUGAUGCCGAGAACCUUCAUUCCUUACCCGCUGCCUGAAGGUUAUACAUACGGAAUCACCUGUGGUAAAUGUAAGACUCCGCAGAAGUCAGUGGAGGACAAAGUAGAGAGUAUGACAGAGGAAACUCCACCUGACACAGAACAUCCUCACAUCAAAGACAAGAGUUUCCGGGAGUGCAUCCUGUCCAGGUUCUUUGUGUUGCACCUGAUUUGGUUGUCGGUGAUGCAACUCAGACAUUUUCUGUUCAUCGGCACCUUGAACCCGAUGCUGCAGCGGCUGACCGAUGGAGAGCCCUCACUGGUGAGCCAGUACACCAAUGCUUUUGCUUUAAGUCAGCUGUGUGGGGUGCUGUGUGCUCCAUGGAAUGGUCUCCUCAUGGACAGACACAAGAAGAAGCCCCGUGCAGCAGGAGAGAGUGAACAGGAAGCAGAUCUUCGAGCCUCGGUGCUUUCUCUCUUUGUGACACCGGUGCAGUGCAUUUUGUUCUCCGUUUGUGCUGCCACCCCCUACCUGCCGCUACAGUAUCUCACCUUCAUCAUGCAAGUGCUCAACCGCUCCUUCCUCUAUGGCGGAAAUGCAGCCUUCAUUAGUUUGGCUUUCCCAUCGUGUCACUUUGGGAAGUUGUACAGCCUGGUCAUGGCUCUGUCUGCAGUGUUUUCUCUGCUGCAGUACCCCUGCUUUGCACUGGUGAACGGACCUCUGCAAGGAGACCCACUAUAUGUGAACAUCGGUCUGACGCUGCUCAGCCUGCUGGCAUUUAUACACCCCGUCUCCGUCUACCUGUACUGUCGACGUCUUGCCUCUCAGCGAACACAUUGCAAUGGCGAUAUUGCUGCUGCUGUAUCCUGCAUAAAGAAGAGCUCAUAACUUAAAAUGAACCUCUUACCUCACAUAAUGCUGUUUCCUAUUCAGGUUUUUUGGUUAUAGCUUCAGCGUGGUUGUGUAUACAUGUCAGGCCUUUUUUAAUGGCUUUAUAUUAAUUAAUAUAUAUGUGCAUAGGCUGUUUGACCGACCGAUAAAUCAACUG